AUGCCUGCUGUGUCAAACCCCUUCAGCCCCCGGAACCCUUAUCAUCGGAUUUGGUUUCAUCCAAUUUGCUACGAACUUCUAGAAUCAACCGAUAGAUCUUCCGAUGGACCCAUCUUAUGCGAUCUGGGAAGAUUUGCUGCUGCUAUCAAGCCCACUUUUGAACCCCUCUCCACCAAACAUGAGGUAGUAGCGUCGGUUUUGGAAGGCCUCCUCAGCGAGCACGCAACAAACAUCAUCCAGAACACCUUCAGCCAGGACUUACUCCGGAAACUACCGCCAGAAAUUUUGAUCCUCAUAGCCGAGAUGAUUGGGCCGUGCUGGUACUUAACUGUCCUUGGUGAGCACCGUCGGCUGCUGCAACACAUGAAACAGAACCGCAACAUCCAGUGUACACAGCUCGACCUCACCCGGGACAUCUGGAUGUCGAGAAUAGAUUACCGAGGCGCUUCUUAUGUGACUGGCAUUAGCAAUAGCCCCUUGGAAUCAUCAUCUACUUCCGACGUGUCUCUUAUAAAAGCUCCGGAUACUAAUAGCAAGAUUGUCCUGUCAGUCGACGGGAUCGGUUUGCGUGGAUUACAACUUCUGAAUCUGAACUCGAGCCCUGCCUUAGAUCAGUCACCAUGGUACGAUGUUCUUGAAGCGGAAAAUCCUCAUCCAGAGGCCUAUGUGAGCUUCGAUGGCCUAUUUGUUAGAGGAAUUUAUCUUGAACCCUGUCCUAUCACGCCAUGGGGUAUCACCGACCCUCCAACGCUAUGGACCUCUCCUUUCCCACCAAAAUUCCACCCGUUGAACCACGAAGACGGUUUGAACCGCCGUCGAUUACACUACAUGAAACUUGAUGCCCAUACCCAAGGUCUCAUUGUCUGCUGUGAUGACAGAAUGGCUGUUGGGAUUCACAAUUUCUCCGGAACGUCCAAAGCAUUCAAGGAAUUUGUCGACUUGAUGGUGAUGCAUCGGCUCAUGACGACCAACUAUAACCAUUGGAUAUACUUCCCUUUCAAUAGACAGGAACUCAUCACAGGGGUUUGGAUCCGGCGGUGGAAAAGAAUCUGUGGACCCCCUGUCGUGGUGCUACAAACAUCCCUAGGACGUAUCGUUGUCUUCGGAUCCCUAUACCCAUUCCGUGUUGAAGAUGUAUAUGAAUACAGUCGCUUGGUCAGGCCUGACCCAGAUUCUAAAUGCAUCUCCGCUUUCGGACCGCUGCCUGUGGAUCCUCCAUGCGAACCCCGGCAAAGUCUUACUUGGUACUUGUCCAAGGCCACACUUAAAGGUCUCGUGAAAGUGCAGGUCUGCAGGGACCGAUCACAGCCACAUCAUCCCUGCCUGGGCCUUCUUUUGUUCUACAAUGACAAACAUGUUGAAUCCAUUGGGCAGGUCCGCUGGCAAUGCGAUAUGAGACAGGAGGUCCAUUGGCCUAUCAACUAUGAAGUCGGUGUUGUCAAUGGAGACCCGUACAUUAAGGACAUUGGAAGCAGCAACCAAGAGUUGGGACCCAGUUUCUCCACAGGUGGAUGGCAGAGACUGCCAGAUUACGGCACUAUGGCUUGGUGGUCUGGUGGUAAGUCUGGUGAUAUCAUAAGCAUAUAUUGUGAAUAA